UUAACACGAGCCGCGGUACCGUCGCCGGCUCUGUUGAAAUUUGACAGCAGGCAGUGGCACCGGGGCGGCGGCGGUGGCGGGCGGGCCUCUGCACCAAUACCGACUCUCCGAGCGUACGUACCAGAGGUGUCGGUGUCGGAACGGCAGAUCAAGCGUGGCCUCCGUCCGUUGUAGACCUGCACCGAGCUGUACCGCGGAGAAAGGGCCGACACUAUUGACAGUGCUUGCGACACCGCGCACCCUGCGUCACACAAACAUGAAGAUCCUACCCCUGUUUAUACUGUUCGCGUGCGUCGCAUGGCAGACGUUGGCCCAAGAAGAGGGUGAGGUGCGGCCGUCGUCGCGGGGCCUCCUCAAACGAGGACUAGCAACUAGGGGCAAGCCCACAACCACUACCACCGUAGCACCGCAGGAGGAUGCCGAAUACGACGAGGAAGCAGACUACCCAGCCGAAGGAGAGUCGCCCGAGCCGUCCACGGAGGCGCCACCGCCGUCUUCCACCGAAGGCAAGAAACUGGUCGCUGGGGGCGUGAGGCCGUUCAGGAGCAAUACAGACCUCCUCGAGACCCUUAAAAGACGAAGGGCACAAGCAGCUGAAGCCAAAGCACGCGGUCCAGUUAGUACUGAAGCUGCGCCAGCGCAGGACGCUCCCGCUGAAUCCGCCAAGUCCAGCUAUUCCGGGAAAAGACGUUUCAACAGUGCCCCCGCCAAGGAAGCCACUCCCAACGAGGAAGCGCCUGCCCCGGCUAAGCCUAGUAGAGGACGAUUUGGUAGGCCCUCAGCAAGGUCACUAGACCCCGAAGCAGAGGAGCAGAAUGACGCCGCUCCUCCCGCCAGAAACAGUAGGUUCUCCAGGCAAAGAGGCAGUUCCAACUAAUCCUGCUUUCUUCUUCAUCAUUGCCAUUAUAUUCAAGGACUUAAGCGGUACUAAAAUCUUAUUACACACAUCAUUUUGUGAUCAGUCCACCUAAUAUGAAUAUCUAGACACCUCAGUCACGCAUUCCCACUCGGCAAUCAUUUGUAGCGCUCACAUAAUUCUUUAAGUCAAUUUGAGUCAACCUCAAAUCAAUUGAAGAUGAAUUAGAAUGCAUACUUUAUAUUUUUGUAAAUUAUAUGUGUAAGUAAUUUUUAAAUAAAUAACUUUAAAUUAU